AUGUCCAACAGCAGCUUCCCCACUGAGUUCCUCCUCUUGCCAUUCGGAGACACACCCAAGCUGCAGCUCCUGCACUUCGGGCUCUUCCUGGGCAUCUACCUGGCUGCCCUCCUGGGCAAUGGCCUCAUCCUCAUAGCUGUAGCCUGCGAUCACCGCCUCCACACCCCCAUGUACUUCUUCCUCCUCAACCUCGCCCUCCUCGACCUGGGCUCCAUCUCCACCACUGUCCCCAAAGCUAUGGCCAACUCCUUCUGCGACACCACGGCCAUUUCCUAUGCAGGUUGUGCUACCCAGGUCUUUAUGUUUGUUGCCUUUGUAACAGCAGAGUUUUAUCUUCUCACCUUCAUGGCCUAUGACCGCUAUGUUGCCAUCUGCAAACCCCUGCACUAUGGGACAAUAAUGGCCAACAGAACUUGUGUCAACAUGGCAGCAGCUGCCUGGGGCGCUGGUGUUCUCAGUGCUGUGCUGCACACUGCCAAUACCUUUUCCCUCCCCCUCUGCCAAGGCAAUGCCUUGGACCAGUUUUUCUGUGAACUUCCCCAGAUCCUCAAGCUCUCCUGCUCAGAUGCCUACCUCAGGGAACUUGGGUUCAUCAUCUUUUGCUUUUGUUCAGGUAUUGGGUAUUUUGUUUUCAUUGUGCUGUCCUAUGUGCAGAUCUUCAGGGCUGUGCUGAGGAUCCCCUCAAAGCAGGGCCGGCACAAAACUUUUUCCACAUGCCUCCCUCACUUGGCCGUUGUUUCCCUGUUUCUUAGUACUGUCAUGUUUACUUACCUGAAGCCCUCCUCUAUCUCUUCUCCAUCCACUGAUCUUUUGCUGGCAGUUCUGUACUCGGUGGUGCCUCCAGCAGUGAACCCUCUCAUCUACAGUAUGAAGAACAAGGAGCUCAAGGAUGUUGUUAGGAAAUUGAUUUUAGGGAUGGUUUUCACUGCUCAUAAGUUACCCUUCACUCUCUGCAAAUGA